AAAACUUGAAGCUGCAGAAUUCCAGCCGGAAACAGUCAAUGUCGCGAAGCCUGAAACAUCUCUUUCAUUCCUCAAGCAAGUUUGUGAAAACGUUAAAAAGAGGAGUUUAUAUUGCAGCUGUCUUUUAUCAUAAAGAUCAUCUCCUGGUAACAAACGAAGAUCAGAUCCCGAUGAUGGAGAUAGAUGAUUCCUGCUCCAGCUCCCUGAUGCAGGAUUUUCUGUGGUUCACAAAGCUAUCUUGUACAUGGGAAGAGGUGAGGUGGCUGCGGCAGAACCUAUCCAUUUCCACAUCCUCCUCCUCAGCCCUGCAGGCACGGCACAAGAUGCUGAAUGCAGUAACUCAAUUACAGACAUUACUUGGCACCCAGAACCUGGGCAGAGUUUACUAUGAGCCCAUCAAGGAUCGACAUGGAAAUGUGCUGUUGGUGACGGUGAGGGAGCUGGAGAGUCAGCAUUCAUUCAUCAAUGGCAAGUGGAUCCGGAUCUGCAAGUUUCAAAGCCAAAGGAAGUCAUUGUCCAGUCCAGAGGAACCAACAGCACUUGAUGUGUUACUCAUAACAAUCCAGGAUGUCUUGUCGUACCACAGAAGGAGUCAGAAAAGAUUGAACCCCGGGCUGUAUUUGGGCUAUUUGAAGCUGUGCAGUUCUGUCGAUCAGAUCAAGGUCCUAGUCCCAUCCCGGAUGCCCAACAUGCUUUGCCAUGUUAAGGUUCGCGAUAACAGCAAUGUUUCCAGGGAAGACUGGGAGUGGGUGCAGAGGAUGUCGGAUCCUGACUUACUGAGUGCUGAGGCGGAGACAGCAAAUACACAGACUGCACUUUUCUUCCAACUGCAAACAGCUGUCAAAGCUUUGCUGAAAUACAUAAACCUACCGAUACAGCAG